GUCAUGAUAAUAAUCAUGAUUUCUUUAAUUGAACAUCCAAAUUUUCCAAAGUCAAAUACUACCGUCUAAAUUUAUUUGUGUACCAAGAACUGAUCAAUUUUGUGAUAAGGCUUUGCAUUUUUUUUAUUUUUAUUUUUUCACCUCUUCACGUCUAAAUUGAGGAAUGCUCUCUUCUCCACAACUAUUUUGUAUAGUUGCGGUACCAUACAAAAUAAUAUAAAAUAAAAUAAAAUAAAAUAAAAUAAAAAUCGGACAUCGUGCGAAAAGCUCCCGAGAAUGGAAGCCAGGGUGUGGCGGUGGUCUUCUUCACCGCUGCAAACUUCACUUGACAAACACACAAAUGCCUUAUCAUUCUGGUCUUCUACCAAUAAUAAUAGGGCCCCAUCCCCAUGGAACUCCAUGUGGAUGCCCACAAAGAAGAACUUGAAAUUGAUCCAGAUUUCCUGCAAACUUCCGGAGGAUGAGACGGAAGGAAUUACCUCGAGAGCAGUAGCAUUGGGCACCUCCAGGAGCAGAAUGGAAGAGUACAACUUAGCCAUGAAGCGAAUGAUGAGAAACCCUUAUGAGUAUCAUCAUGAUCUUGGAAUGAACUACACUCAGAUAACUGAAACUCUAAUUGUUGGCUCUCAGCCUCAAAAAGUUGAAGACAUAGAACAUCUGAAAGAAGAAGAGAACGUGGCCUAUAUUCUGAACUUGCAGCAAGACAAAGAUGUUGAGUACUGGGGAAUUGAUCUCUCGUCAAUAGUAAAAACAUGCAAAGAACUUGGAAUCCAUCACAUGAGAAGGCCCGCAAGGGAUUUUGAUCCAGAGUCUCUAAGGAAUAUAUUACCAGAGGCUGUUUCUUUACUGGAUUGGGCAAUUGAAGAAGGAAACGGAAAAGUAUAUGUACACUGCACUGCUGGAUUGGGGAGGGCACCUGCAACAGCUAUUGCUUACAUGUUCUGGUUUUUGGACAUGAACGUAAGUGAUCAAGUCUUUCUCUUCCUGUAGCAACAUUAGCUUAAUUACUCAAAGCUCAUAUUCAAUAAUGAUAGCAUGUAGGCUGCUUUAGCACAGUAUCAGUUAAUUUCUGGUGAUGUUUUGAUUGUGCUCCUGAGCAGCUAAAUACAGCAUAUGAAACUCUUAUUUCAAAGAGACCUUGUGGACCUAACAAGACAGCAAUUCGGGGUGCUACUUAUGAUUUAGCCAAGAAUGAUCCCUCAAAGGAACCUUUUGAGAGUCUUCCAGAUUAUGCUUUUGAGGAUGUUGCGAACUGGGAAAGAAAAUUGAUUCAGGAUCGUGUACGUUCCCUGCGGAAGAUUGAAAAGGAUUGUUAGAUGUACCUCAUCAAGGUCAUUGAACUGCUGUGCACAACAAGAUUUUACUAUUUGAUCAAAUUUACUUGUUAGACCCUUAGGCCUACCAUUUGAAAAGAUAAGAAACGCCAAACUGGACAUUUUGGUUGUUCUAGGUUUCUCAGGUCAGAGCCAAAUGCGAUGUUGGGUUGGCUUUCUCUGCAUCAUUGGAAGUUGCUUAUAUAUCUUCUGUAAAAUGAUGUAUGAUUAGGCAUAGAAUCUUCUUUUGUAAUGGAUGGUGCGUACAAUUUCACUGACCUAAGAAUAUGAAACGAAUCAGAUUGAUUUCGGGCUAAAAAGUUCACAGGGUGCUGGUAGGUUGUAAAAGAGAAUGAACAAAUAAUCGGUGAAUACGUUAGUUUAUUGCUGUUGCUGAAGCUAAAAAGGGGGAUUCCACAAAGGCAUGGGAUCAUUCACAAACUUUUCUUGAAUGUUAUGGCCUAUGGGCACGAAUAAUUCUGCUGAACUAGUACAGAUUGGCGCCACUGUCAACGUGUCUAUAAAUUGGAGUUCUUUCCAAUCCAUCUUUCACCGCCUCCAUCUCCAUCUUUUCUAUCUUACACUCCUCACAGUAUUUCCAUUAUUUGGAUACAUAGAUCUUAUAUGAGUUGCGGGCUUUAUCUGCAAAAGUCCAUGGGGCUUGGCAACCAGUUCCACUUAAAGGGCUAAAUCCGCGUCUGUGGAUCCCUGUUUUGAUCUUUUGACCUGGUUGCGACCCCAUGGACUGUUGCUUUUAAAGUGUUUGGGGUCUCCUUUUGAUAGAUUAUGACAAUGUUUAAUCCUGGAACCCAAUUAUGUUCCCUCAAUUUUUGAGCAUGACCCUUUUGUGCAAUGUAUCAUCUUAGUUAUUGGAGUUUCUGUGCAGAUCAGAAGUCCUAAGAAUCAUAUGCCGCUGUCACCUUGCCAUUGAAGUCUGCCCUGAAUUCUCCAAUAAAUUUUACUUCUACAUUUUCUGAGCCUCGUGUAUCCUUUACCUUUUUUUGCAACUUCUCUUCUUGAAUGGAUGCGAUUUUCCUCUUGUCGAAUCCCAUUUUCUAUCCUAAAGCAGGUGCAAUAUCACAUAGUGCCUGUUGCAUGUCUGUUUUGUGUUUCUUCAGGCAAGGGAGUUUGAUCCAGAAUCUCUAAGGAACCCUGUAUGUUUGUACCAGAAAAAAAGGAAAAGUAGAUAUGUACCUCUGCACACAAGGGAUUAGGAAAUAAUGUUCUGGCUUUUGGACAUGAAGGUAAGCCUUUCAGAAGUCUGAAUCUUUCUGAAGCAACAUUUGCUCAAGCUCAGUCCCAAUGAUGAUAGCACGAGGCUUCCUUUAGCAUUAUUAGACAAGUUUAUCUCUGUUGACUAUGCUCCUGCCUUGUGGACCUAAGAAAACAGCAAUUCUUGGUGUUACUCAUGAUCUAAACUCACUCAAGAGGAAUCUUUUGAGACUCGUCAGGAGUAUGCAUUCGAAGAUGUUGCAAACUGAAAAGAAUUGAUUUACCAGGUGCCUCAUUAAGGUCACUUAAUUGCUAUGCAUCUGGGGAUUUUAUCGUUGAUCAAAUGAUGGUUCUUAGACACCUUGGCUCUACCAUUUUGGUUGUUCAUAGAUUUCUUUAGUUUUAGAGGCAAAUUAGAUGUUUGGUUUCACUGCAUCACUAGAAGUUGAUUGUAUGUGCUCUAAUAUUAUGAUUAGGAGGAACAGAAGCGUUUGUGAAUGG